CGGAAAAGCCUAAACACUUCCCCAAAAAGAAAAAUCAAAAGAAAAAGAAAUUGAGGGGAAUACAAGUCUCACCGUAAUUUGUAAAUCCAAACAUCAAUUUUUAUUAUUAGAAAAAGAAAAGUGUUGAGUUGAGCUGAAUUGGAAGAAAUUGGGAAGGGGAUAUGGCGAAUUUGUACGUUCGGGCUGCGCCGACGACGGAUCUGAACCGGAACACGGAAUGGUUUACCUACCCCGGCGUCUGGAGCACCUACAUCCUUAUACUCUUCUUCUCAUGGCUCAUGGUCCUCUCUGUCUUCGCUUGCUCUCCCGGCAUGGCGUGGACCGUCGUUCAUCUCUCUCAUUUCCUCGUCACAUAUCACUUUUUUCACUGGAAGAAGGGGACUCCAUUUGCAGAAGAUCAGGGUAUCUACAAUAGGUUGACUUGGUGGGAGCAAAUAGACAGUGGCAAACAACUUACUCGUAAUAGGAAGUUCUUAACAGUCGUUCCUGUAGUUUUGUACUUGAUAGCCUCCCAUACAACUGACUAUCAACAUCCUAUGCUCUUCUUCAACACUCUAGCUGUUUUUGUUCUGGUUGUUGCCAAGUUCCCAAACAUGCAUAAAGUUCGCAUCUUUGGAAUAAACGCUGAUCAAUGAACUUGUGUCUAUUAAGCAUCCAUGUGAAGGUUCAGCUUCAAGUCCUACAUCUUUAUGAUUCGGGUUUAGAGAUUGCUGAAGUUGUGCAGCUUGGGAACUGAAAAGAUGUCGGUUGUUUAGCUAUUGGUAAACCCCUCAGAAGCUGGAUACUCUCUCUAUGGAACUCUUUUAUUAAGUACUGUUUGCAUUUUGUCACACAUUUUUUUUUAACUUUUAUAUCAUAGAUGCAGAUGCUUGAGUACUAUGUUCUGUGGAGACAAAAGGAUGACUAGUGCGUUGUUGAGUUGAUUGAUGUUUCCAUUAA